GGAAGAAGUAAGAUUAGAUUACUAUUCGAGCGUGGAAUGGAAUCCACCUUUACUUGGAUUUGAAUUCACCAACCUCUUUCCAAAUUGAGCAACGGCUGAGAUUGACUAAAUGAAAAUCACAACCGUCUAUUUGGCAUUUCGGUGCAAAUGCAAAUGGAUGAACCUAACCCAGAUUUCCCACCACGUUCACGCUGCCUCCAAACCUGCCAACCAUUUUCUUCCUGUUCUUCUUGAUUUUUGCCUAUAAAUUCGAGACUCAUUUCUCACGUUUACACUCGUACACCUUUACCCCACUCCUCUCCAAGCAACGUAACCGUUUCUCUCUAUUCUUCUACCUUCUCUUUCUCAAGCUAGUAAAGAUGGCAGCAGUAGAGACCUUCCUUUUUACCUCUGAGUCAGUGAACGAGGGACACCCUGACAAGCUUUGUGAUCAAAUCUCUGAUGCUGUGCUAGAUGCAUGCCUUGAACAGGAUGUAGAAAGCAAGGUUGCUUGUGAAACUUGCACCAAGACCAACUUGGUUAUGGUUUUUGGUGAGAUCACAACAAAGGCUAAAGUUGACUAUGAGAAAAUUGUGCGUGACACCUGCAGGAAAAUUGGGUUUGUUUCUGCUGAUGUGGGUCUUGAUGCCGACAACUGCAAGGUUCUUGUUAACAUUGAGCAGCAGAGUCCUGAUAUUGCUCAGGGUGUACAUGGUCAUUUCACCAAAAGACCUGAGGAAAUUGGUGCUGGUGAUCAGGGUCACAUGUUUGGCUAUGCUACUGAUGAGACUCCUGAGUUGAUGCCUUUGAGCCAUGUUCUUGCUACCAAGCUCGGUGCUCGUCUCACUGAGGUUCGCAAGAAUGGUACUUGCGCUUGGUUGAGACCUGAUGGUAAGACUCAAGUUACUGUUGAGUAUUACAAUGACAAUGGUGCCAUGGUACCUGUUCGUGUGCACACUGUACUCAUCUCUACUCAACAUGAUGAGACUGUUACCAAUGAUGAAAUUGCUGCUGAUCUCAAAGAGCAUGUCAUCAAGCCUGUGAUUCCUGAGAAGUACCUUGAUUCCAAGACCAUUUUCCACUUGAACCCUUCUGGUCGUUUUGUCAUUGGAGGUCCUCAUGGUGAUGCUGGUCUCACUGGCCGGAAGAUCAUCAUCGAUACUUAUGGUGGUUGGGGUGCACAUGGUGGUGGUGCCUUCUCUGGAAAAGACCCAACUAAGGUUGAUAGGAGUGGAGCUUACAUUGUGAGGCAAGCUGCUAAGAGCAUUGUUGCAAGUGGACUUGCAAGGAGGUGCAUUGUGCAAGUCUCCUAUGCUAUUGGUGUUCCUGAGCCUUUGUCUGUCUUUGUUGACACAUAUGGAACAGGGAAGAUCCCUGACAAGGAGAUCCUGACUAUUGUGAAGAACAACUUUGAUUUCAGGCCUGGCAUGAUCUCUAUCAACCUUGAUCUCUUGAGGGGUGGCAAUGGCAGGUUCUUGAAGACUGCUGCUUAUGGACAUUUUGGUAGGGAUGAUUCUGAUUUCACAUGGGAAGUGGUGAAGCCUCUUAAAUGGGAGAAAGCCUAAAUGAACUCUGUGCUGGGAGUUUUGAACCUUUAUCUCCAUAUUAUGUACUAAACUUCAAAGCUUUUAACCCCCCGUGUGUCUCUUUUUUUUCUCUGUUUUUUGUAUUUUGGGAUUUUUUUUUUACAUCAGCAAUAUAAAAAGUGCUUUCAGUUUC